UGAACUUACAGGCGGGCACCCGCCAUGGCAGCGUCUCUCCCGGCACCCGGGACCCGUUUCUUCCGAACGUACGCGGCGAGAGGCGUCCGGAGAUCGCAGCGGCAGCCUAGCCGGCAGGCCGUGCCAUGGUUCCAGCCGCCGGAUCCGAAGCGCGCCUUCAGCAGCAGCAGCUUCAGCGGCAAUGACCAGUCGUCUGCCACUUCUGACGACCCUGACGACCCGGACGACUCAGACUUCCCUGGCAGCCCCGUGAGGCUACGGCGCCGGCGUCCUCCCGGCCGCAUCUCCCGGAACCAGAAGAGCUUGACAGCCACCCAGAGGCUGCGACCUCGGCCCCCGCAUAAGUGCAGCACUCCGCGUGGCCUUCUGCAACCGCCACUCUUCCCCAACUGCAACCUGGGCUGUCUCAGCCCGGACCUCAGCGUGUGCAGCCAGUCCAAGGGCAGCAACGAGCUGGGCACCAGCGCCUCCCUAUUCAGCUCUCCGGCCUCCCCCGGAGCCCCCGACUCUCCGGAUGCAGCCUCUGCAGUCCCCAACGGCUUCCUCUUGCCGGAAGCCUUCCUGGAGGAGGAGGCAUCGCUGCCCUGUCCCCAGGAAGGAGCAACAGAUGGAGGCGUGCUCAACACGAUGGCCCACCAAGCUGAAGCCGACUUCGGAUCAGCUCUCUUAAGCCUUGUGGACUCGGGGACCACAGAAGAUAACGAGUUUGGAACAGAUGGAAAUAAUGUGGAGGAGUCGUGUCGUGAGACACUGCAGGUGGGAAACAGACUAAAGGGCUCGAGUCUAGCAAGAGAGAGAAGAAGGGCCACAGGUCAAAAGGUUGUGUCUCAAGGAGCCGAGCAGAUGGACUGUGGAAAGGCCAGUAAUUGCAAAGACUUUUGUGUACCCGGGCAAAUCUGCAGGCCUAAGAGAACUGAACCACUCCGGAAGAGGAAACAGCAAGAAGCGAUGGGAAUCUCUGCCCUUUGCUACAACCAAUCUAAGCAGAGAAGGAAAAAUCCAGUCCCCUCCACGGACUUGAAUAACAUCAGGGAGACCUGUUCUUGGACCAAAACCAGAGCCUCCUUCAGCUUCCACAAGAAGAAAAUCGUAGCUAAUGUGUCAGAGGUAUGCAGCAGUAGUCUUGCCGGUUCUCCCUCUAGGUCCCUCCUGUCCGAAUGUUCAACUCCUCUUACCAUGAACAGAACUGUUUCUUCCUGCCACUCCUCUUCUAUGUAUUUGCUAAGCCCCUUAAAGACCCUGCAGGUCACAGACAAAAAGUCAUCUUAUGCUGAAAAGGUUUAUGGGGAAUGUAAUCAGGAAGGGCCUAUCCCCUUUAAUGAUUGCCUUUCCACCGAAAAACUGGAACACUGUGAGAAGAUUGGGGAAGGAGUGUUUGGAGAAGUGUUUCAAAUAAUUACUGAUCAAACACCUGUUGCCCUAAAAGUCAUUGCUAUUGAAGGACCAGAUUUAGUCAACGGGUCCCACCAAAAAACCUUUGAGGAGAUCCUCCCAGAGAUCAUCAUCUCCAAAGAGCUGAGCCUCUUGUCUGAUGAGGUGUACAACCGCACAGAAGGCUUUAUUGGGCUGAACUCAGUACACUGUGUCCAAGGGCCUUACCCUCCCUUACUGCUCAAAGCCUGGGACUACUAUAACUCAAUCAAAAAAUCUGCAAAUGACCGGCCUGACUUUUUCCAGGAAGACCAGCUCUUUAUUAUACUGGAAUUUGAGUUUGGUGGGGUUGACUUGGAGCAAAUGCAAACAAAGCUGUCCUCCCUGUCGACUGCGAAGAGCAUUCUACACCAGGUCACCGCCUCCCUCGCUGUGGCAGAGGCAUCGCUGCACUUUGAGCACCGGGACUUACACUGGGGGAAUGUGCUCCUAAAGAAAACCAACCUCAAGGAGCUCCACUACACCCUCAAUGGCAAGACGAGCACCAUCCCCACCCACGGGCUACAAGUUAACAUCAUUGACUACACCCUGUCCCGCCUGGAGCGGGAUGGCAUUGUGGUUUUCUGUGAUAUCUCCGCCGAAGAGGACCUCUUUACAGGUGAGGGUGACUACCAGUUUGAGAUCUACAGGCUCAUGAGGAAGGAGAACAGGAACUGCUGGGGUGAGUAUCACCCUUACAAUAAUGUGCUGUGGCUACAUUACCUCACAGACAAGAUUCUGAAUCAUAUGCGCUUUAAGACUAAAUGUCAGACCACGGCCAUGAAACAAGUUAAGAAAAAACUGCAGCAUUUCCACAGAACUGUCCUGAGUUUCGGCUCUGCCACUGACCUGCUCUGCCAACACAGUCUGUUCCAGUAAGCCGGUACUUAGUGCUCACAUUGAGGACACUUGCAAAGCCACACUGAGUACACCUCCAACGCCUCUGUAACUUUUAAAUCUCUGCCACUAGAGCAGGAUGGAGGUAAAAGCCCAUCUUUAUGAGUUCCCGGUCAACUUUUUAAACGAAAAUCUUGUUUUUAAAGGUAACCAAAAUGUUUAUCAACACGAUUAAACUUGCUUUUAACAAGUGUUCUUAAAAAUAAACUAUAUAGAGGACAAGUGUAUACAUCUUAAACGUCCUCUUUUUGUCAGCAGAGUCUGCAAACCUGAUGUUGUCGUUUUUGAGCCUUGACACCUAGUGUAGGAUGUGCAAAAACAAGUCAGAAAAGCCCAGCUCUCAGCUCUGGUCCUUCCUGCUCCUGAUGCUGUUGUCAAGACUGGUGCAGGAACCAGACCUCAGAUGAAUUAUUUACUGAAUGCAAAAAGGAUGUUGCAGAACAGAGCAAAAAAAGAAACUAGAGGGUCAAAAUGGAGAUGGGUAUACACCAGCAUAGGGGAAGUGUUUGUCAGAUUCAUUCUCCAAUCACACAGAAACAGAAGCACAAUUUAUAGAUUCUCAAAAAGGAAAUAAAUGGCUCUAUGGUGCUGA